AUGCCGAUCGAGAAGCUGAUGAAGAUCACGAAGAGUCACCGGUAUCACCGCAGAUGUCAUUGGAGCCAGGAUUGUGCAGAGCGUGACAAGCACCGGGAAGCAAGCAAGACUGUAGGUCCUCCGGUUUCGGGCUCCGUGUUGGCCAGCGAGGUCGCAACGCCGCCCCCUGCCGCGAUGGGCGCCUUCUCCUUCAGCGCGCGGGAGAUGGUUUUCCAAGCGAUAGACGCGGUGAGGACAGUCAAUGCAGAAGGCCCGAGCCUGCAGGUUUCGGAAUCCGGCGACAUUGUGGUAGACGCGGCGGCCAGCCCAGCGAUGAACGGACUUCCAGCUCUCGAGGAGCUGGAGCGCCGCUUGGCGGAGCUGGGAUACCGAGCGACCCACGCAGAGAGCCCGCGCGCCUUCUCCAGGGGAGGUGGUGGGGAGGUCCCC